CUCCCCUACCAUAACCACAAAACAACAAUCUAAUAUUGUUUCAUUUCUUAGUAGAUUUUGCUACACAAUCUAUAUAUACCAGACCAAUAUUCAUCGUCAUGGCAGGUUUUAGCAAUAUCUUCGCAUUCGUCAUGGCGACAACAAUAGCUCUGGUGCUGGUCGCUGAGAUUUCUCAUGGCGUCGUCGCUGCUGCCCGGCCAUUGCAUGGAGAGCAGAUUAAAUGGCGGGACGAAAGCUUUAUUCUGCGGAUUCAGUCUCUCCAGAGAGGUCCAGUUCCGCCGUCUCAGCCCUCCCCUUGCGGCCACACACCCGACGGCGGAACCGGCCACUGUCCAUUGACCGAAAUGAACUACGCCGGCGGACGUUUCCGGAGCCGCCACGCGCUGCCACCUCCCGGUCAUGCGACAACGACAUCGUUUCCCUCUUCCGACAUGUGAUUAAUUUGUGACGAUUAGUCGUCCUGAGAUUGCUUACGUGUAGAGUGGAUGGAUGCAUAUAUAUGUGCCUAGAAGGAGAAUCAUUGGCUUUGGUUAUUAUAUUACCUACUUUUGUGACGUGUACGACCUUAAUUAUGAUUCUUUUUUUUUAGAGCUAUUAAUUAUGAUUCUUGAUGUCAAACUAGUGAUUGAAAAUGUACCCGAUUCGCGGUGUGAUGAUCGUAUAUAAUAAUGACAUUGGUUAACU